AUGCUCCCUACCGCUCGCAAAGCAUACACCAGGCACGCAUCUGCGGCGGUUCAGCUGUGGUCUCAGGCGCUCCCUGCCGAGUCGUCAAGACAAGCGCUUCUCCGCGCUCGUCGAGUUCAUAGCCAUGCUGUGGCUGCAGUGGAGGAACAAUCUCAGCCGUCUGCUGUAGAAUCCAAGAGGGAUAGCUACAUCCAAUUCAAAGAGAAGGAAUGGGGCAGAUCCGGAGGAUUGGCAGCUGGGGACGAAUACAACCCUUACGCACACCUUCCAGCAAAGACCUCUAAGACAUCGAACGUUCCCUCAGAGUGGUUAGACUCUUGGUUGAACCUGCAUGAUGUCUCGGCACUCCCCCCUUCGCCCCUACCACUUCUUGAAACGUUCAGAGGUCUCACCCCUACACACCCCAUCCUCGCCCUCCUGACGCUACCCAAACUGUCCCACAACGACAUUAUCGCCUUGACGCAUAACGAUGUCCGCCAGCUACUGGCGCGAUCCACUGAAGUGGCAGCCUCCACCCCGGCUGUGCUGCAUCGGGUCAAAACCGAGGAUAGUGCUAAAGCUCUCCGGGUGCUUCGAGCCAUAAUAUACUCGCUUCCGUCUCCGGGCUCGACGUCGGACCCAAUGAUGGGUCGAUAUCUGCGCGGAAAGUGUCUUCGGCAAUUGAUCAACCUUUGCUACCGCCUUCGGUGUCCUGCCCUCGCAAAAUCCAUAUUUCAAGAGCGUCUGCGCGAACAGCUGGCCACGGAAUGCUCCCCCAGUAUCGUCCCCUUCAAAGAUAUUGCCAUCGACCUCGCUCGCACUCGUGACUGGAAGUCUAUCGUCAAGCUCUUCUCCCCCGAAACAUUCCCGCAUCGGUACUAUACCGGAAGGCUGGUAGAGCUGUACAUGCAGGCCCACCUCGGUAUACGCCAAAGCUCCAAAGUCCCGACAAUCUUUGAGCUGCACGAUGUCCUCUCGCUUGAGCCUACGGUGACCGCGGUCAAUCAUCUGAUUCAGGCGUAUAUGGAGAUGGGAGAUCUGCCAGCUGCUAGGGCCAUUGCUGCAGAUGCGAAUUCAGGCGAGCCGCGGGACAUUGCGACGCAACAACUUGCGCUCCUGAAGGGCUACAGAGUUCUGGGACUGGAAGAGAAUUUGGAAAAGAAGGUCCUGAGUGACAUUGAAAGGCUUCAAUUGCCUCUUCAAGGCGCCCUCAUACAUGCGCUCGCUCGAUUGAGGCUCAAUGUCGGGGAUAUCGAAGCCGCCGAGACUCUGUUGCGGAAGCUGGAUUUGAGGAGGUGGGGAGGUGGUGAAGGAGAGGGAAUUGAGGGAUCGGAGCAUACCAAAACGAUGCUUUUCUCCCUCGCUGUGGAGAACGAGGAUUUGGACCGCGUGAGGUGGUUCUGGAAGGAUUUUGCACAAACGCCCCGGACAAUCACAGACGAAAUCAUCAAAGACCUGCUGAGGAUCUUGAUCAAGGGCGAAAAAGUUGAUGAUGCCUCGGCUGUCCUCCAGUCUGGGCUUCCCAAUUCUCCCGAGUCGGCGCUUGCGAACGAGUGGAAGUUGCCGGCAGGGGUAAGACCUGGCCUUCAAAGUCUCAACUUUUACCUUGGUGCCAUGGCUGGCCUUCAUGGACUGUCUGGUAUUGAGACUGCAAUGUCCUUGUUUCACCUUUACCGUAUCAAACCCGACAGCGCCUCUCUCAAAAUCAUUGUCGACUAUGCGCGCGCGAGCCUUGUGCACAGGCCAUACGACCUCGCAGAGUUAGUGUCGAGCAUCAUGGACGUCAGUCCCGAUCUCGCUCCCAAUCCAGCUCUGCUGGACUCUCUCCUAGCAGAUGCUGUAGCAUCCAUGGGCCGCCACAGUAAUCGUACCAUCGCCUACCCCUCCAUUCUUCGCUCCCAUUCCGAAGACACCUUCCACCCCACUGCGGGUCUCGAGCUCUCUCCCGACCUUUAUGAGCCUCUUGCAUCGACCAUCACUGCCCUUGAAUCUGCUGGUGCCCAGUCCACCGCGCGCACCAUCUCUAGCCGUCUCCGUUUUGACGCCAUGUCAAAUUCCACAAUAUCCGGCGUACCGUCUGCCAGGAUAGUGUGGAAUUCGCUUUUGGCAAGGGGUUUUGUCCCCGAUGCUCGACACAUUCAGGCUCUCAUGCAAGGCUACGUCGAGAUCGGCCACAUGCUCGAAGCGCAAGAUGUGAUGCUUCUUUCUCAGCAGAUGAGAAUCCCAACUACCCGGGGUAUGCAUGCGGUGCUCCUCGCGGGGUAUGGCAAGAAGCGCAAGCCCAUGCUGGCGAGGAGGUCGUACGAGCACAUCAAGGAGUUGGGAGAGACAGACCCCAAUCAGGGGUUGGAUCUUUCGGUGGUCACUGCGAUGGUGCAGGCGUAUGUCAAUUGCGGGUGGUACAAGGAGGCUGCCAACCUUUGCUAUGUCGAUCUCAAAAACCUUGAUGCCACGCUAGAUGAGAAGGCAACGAUUGUCAUCGCCCAGACUCUACGAGCCAAUGGGGACUUACGAGGUGCUUUGAAGGUCAUAGAGGCCAGCGAGAUGAGUUUAGGCCGAGCGGGAGCAAAGAUCAUACGCGGCUCAAGGCAGCACGCCCUCAAGCAGCUUGCCAAGCCAGACAUUUCUGAGGAUGCGAAGCAGGAAGCGGAGGAGGUAGUGGCUCUGGCACAAGAAUUGCUCAAGGAAAGAAAGACGCAAGAGGGCAAGUUGAAGCACACAUGGGCGGGUUUGAGAGAGAAGACGAGAAAGAGGCUAUCUUCGGCGUGGACCGGGAUGGCGGGUGUCAAAGAGGGUGCCGGCGCCGGGGCUGCGAGGGAGGGGCUAAGGAGGGUCGUUGUUGGAAACGGGAAGGGGACUGGGAUCCAGGCUUUGAGGGCCAGGCGAGCGAGGAGGCAGGCAAUUGCGAAGAUGAGGCAGAAGUCGGCAUCAUGA